AUGUCAUCCAUCCGCCUAUCUCUUGCCCCUCCAUCUGCGCCCAACUUGAACACUCAUUGCCCUCUCUCUCCCUUUCCCCCUUCCAUUUUUCCUGGGUGCGACCUCUCGUCUGCUGCUCCUUGUCUUCCUAUGGGACUCAUGCGUCCGCAGGUGUCCUUCACAGUGCCCUUCCUGGUGCUCUACUUGCUCUCUCUACAUCUGCUCUCCACCAAUGCCUAUCAGCUCCACAUUAAUCUCAACAAUGCCUACAAGGGUCUCUCAAGGGUGCUCAUGGAUAAGGGGGGUGCACAUGGGUAUGGAGGGGUGAUCAUGGGGCUACUGGGUGGACCUGCAGUGGCGCCCCCACGCGUGGUGUGCUCGCCAGCUGCCGCUCAGCCCGCCGGUGUGCUCCGGUUCUUCCACCGCAAGCAACGCGUGCUGCUCAUGGGUAGGGAGGGGUGCUCAUGGGGAGGGGUGCUCAUGGGUAGGGAGGGGUGCUCAUGGGUAGGAAGGGGUGCUCAUGGCGAGGGGAGUGGGUCCGAGCAGCUGUUGCCGAAGCCAGUGUACAGGCCACAUCUGGUUGACACCGUGUACUAUGGCUCGGCUUACAAUGGCUUCGUUCGCACCAGGGUCAACGUCACCAGGUGUGGCAGGGCCUUUGUGUUCAAUCUGACGUACGUGGCACAGAUGGGAGCGACUCGGGAGAGCAUCUCCACUCUUCCACAGUUUCGUGUGCAGCUGGUGUUCCUUUCAUGCUGUUGCACUCCUACUCCUUCCACAGUCGUGUGUCAACUCUCUGGCUCGCACCUGCUGCUUACUCGUGUGCGCAUGCAUGCCGCCACCCACAUGUUCCUCUCCUUGCCUUCUCAUAUGAUCUGUGCUGUGCUCCUCAUGUCUCUCCUCGGCCUCUCAGACUCGCACUUGCUGCCCAGCAUGUGCUGCCACUUGCGGGAGGCAGAGAGAGGGGCCCUGCACCUUCUGCCCGGCAUGUGCCGCCACUUGCAGGACGCGCACCAGGUGGCCUUCUUUGGCCUGUGGGCAGCGGGAGAAGACAUCAAGCUCGGGGCUGAUGGGUUGCGACACGUGAACGAGAGUGUUACUAGGGUCGAUGCGGCGCGCGGGACGCGCUCCCGUUUGUAUCACAAGAACGUGGUGGAUCAUUACAAUCACCCGCGCAACGUGGGCGCGUUCGACAAGCGCGAUCCAGAUGUCGGCACGGGAUUGGUGGGCGCGCCGGCGUGCGGCGACGUGAUGAAGCUGCAGAUUAAAGUCGACGCGGAGGGGAGGAUCGUCGACUCGUGCUUUAAGACCUUCGGAUGCGGCUCCGCUAUUGCGUCGUCUUCCCUAGCCACGGAGUGGGUGAAGGGCAAGCAUGUCGACUCGGUGCUCAAAAUUACGAACAGGGACAUUGCGAGGCACCUGUCGCUGCCCCCUGUGAAGCUGCACUGCAGCAUGCUGGCUGAAGAUGCCAUAAAAGCAGCCGUGCACGACAUCAAAACCAAGAGGCAGCAGCAGUAG